ACGAAAAAUUCGUACACAAAAAUAGUUAUAUAUAUGCAGUGUCAGGGUCUGUCGAUACCAGUAAUACCUCAUAAAUCAAUAGUUUUGGCGAAUAAAAAUGGUUAACGAACGCAAUAUUUGCUGUUGCGGAGCUUCGUCAUGGGUUCGAAUAAUAUCUUGGUUUCAAAUUGUUGGUAAUUCUUUGCUGCUAUUUAUCGUUAUAUUUGGUAUUGUUGCUGUUGCUGGUCUAGAUCCCAAAGAUGAAGACAUUCAAAAUAAAAGAGCCGUCAUGACGGCAAUGGCAUUUGUAUUUAUAGUAUCGUUCUGCGGAAUAUUCAUGGGCAUACUUCUUCUCAAAGGAGCGAAUCAACAACGAACUGCCUUCCUUAAGGCUUGGCUGAUUUACGGCGUGACGGCUGUUAUCGUUACGAUAAUUGCAACUAUUCUGAAUGCUACCGGAAGCUCGCAUCCAUCCACUCUGGGUACAGCCGUUUUUUCUGGAUUAUUUGGAAUUGGAUUUAAUUUUUUCUCGGUUAUUUGUGUGCACAUACAUGUGAAAGAAAUUAAUGAAGGCGUUUACAUACCAUGAGAACAUG